ACCAACCAAGAUGUUGCACAACAAAUUUGUAAGCCAUGCACAGUGUAAUUUUUAGCCCUUUUACUCCCAAGAUAAGAUCGUUAAUUCUCCCCUCUAGCUGGUAAACAUCUCAUUGUAGAUUAGUAUGAGAAUUUGGUGUUAGGUCAAGAUAAUAAGUUCUGCCUGAUAAUGUAAGUUUGAGUAUUCUCAUUACCUGUUUGCAGGAUAAUGUUUGGAUUUUAUAGGGAGAAGUUGCAUGUUAAUCUCCUCUGGAAGUUAAGGGGUUAAAUAACUUAUUGGAUGGGUAAAUCCAUUUUCCUGAUAUUUGCAAAUGAAAAUGGUACAUGUAUCAAUGUAUAUUUUGGAAAAAAAGUUAAAUUGAACCCUAUGUUCAUAAUUGUCCAUUUAAAGUUGUUUUUAUUUCUUAGCCUCAUAGAAAUUUUUUUAAAGGGUAUGGGGAAUUUUCUUGAAACUGUGCUGGGGAUUCAAAUUUUACUACCCAGGAGUGCAUGGACCAAAGAAUGGUCUGAUGACAUCCCAUUUUGUCAUAACAUUUCCUGUAACACUUUUCUUACAUAUUUAUUCCACUAGUCAGCUCUGCUCAAACAUAUUUUCUUCCUAGUGGGUUUACUCAGUACCUUUGUGGGUGCACCAAUGAUAUUAAUGAAAUUUCACAUGCCCUGAAGUUUAAAUUAAAUUUUGCUUUCUUGUCCCUUACCAGUCUAAUAUUUGUUUAUAGCAUUUAUAGCUCAUUCCCACAUGCAGAAGUUGAUAAACCCAACCACAUUGUUGAACAAUUAAGAACAGUGUGAGCUUGCAGUUUCAAUGAUAAUCAUUCCAUUAUGAAAACUAAAAGUUCAUUGGAGUUAUGAAAUUCAGUAUUAAAUCUGCUGUUGGUUAAAAAGAUUCAACUGCUAUGUAUCACCUAUAUAAUUAAUAAAAGUAAUUAAUCAACUACAUUCAUUGUUACAGUUGGCACACAAAUGAAGUUGUUCACUACAUAAAAUUCAAUUUUGAACUGAAAAUGCGACUGUUGGGAACUGAUUUGGAGAAAAAAGAGAUUUUAGUUAGAGUGAAAUAUAAGAUCAACAGCUAUAAGAUAGGAUUUUGCACCGUGUUACAAGGUAAUUUACAGCUUCAUAAGAAUGAAGAACAUCUCAACCAAUCAAGUUUUAGAUCAGUAUUAAUAAGACUACAUUCAAGAGUCAAAUUUAAAACAUUCUGUAAAAAUUAAGCAAACAAGUAAUUUCCCCAAAAAAAAAAAAUGGAUAACUUCAUCAGUACCUGUAGGUUUCCAAAGCAAGGGAUCAUUUAUCAAGGGAAGAAAAUCUGGUGUUUAUUUUAUUGUCAUAUAGUACUUCAUUCUUAAACUAUGCUAAAAUGUGUUUCCCAUAAGUGUACUUGUACAAAGUUGUCACAUGGUGCCAAAUCCUGUCCGUCAGCAGCUUGAGGCAGUUUCGAGCCUGAGGCAGUUUUGCCAUAUCAAUCAUCUUCUGAAUAACAUAUUUAAAAACUGAUCCUUCAUGAUGGUGUAAUUUGUUGGGAAGGAACAACCUAUUUUGAUUGAUAUUUGCUUGAAAUCUAGCCAUUUUCCUGAUAUUUGCAAGUGACAGUUGUACCAGUGUCCUUUCAGAAAAAAGGCGAAUUUGACCCCAUGUUCAUAUUUGUUAUUUAACAUAAUUGUAUUUCUUAGCACUUCUUAAAACUUUUAGUAAAGGGCAUGGUGAUUUUAUUGAAACUUUGCUGGUCAAUUUGUUCUAACCAUGAGUGGACUAAAAAAUGCUAUAAUGAAAUCCGAAUUCUUCAAAACUUCCCUUAAACAUUUUUCUUGCACAUUUAUUCCACUAGUCAGCUCUGUUCAUGCACGUUUUCUCCUUAGUGGGUUAUCAAUACCUUUAUGGGCACACCAAUGGUAUUAAUGAAAUAUCACAUGCCAUGAAGCAUGAAUUGAAUUUUGUGUUCAUGUCCUUCACCAGUCUCAUUGUUGCAAAAUUUACAGCUCAUCCCCAGAUUAAUUUUGAGGAACCUAACCAGAAUGUUGAACAAGAACGGUGUAAGUUUGCAUUUUAAGUUCCUCUAUUUUUUUUUUCUGCUGAGAACAAAGUACAGCAUCUAUCCAGGAUAUUAACAGUGUAACAUGUAAUUGCUAUAUUACAGUUUCCAGUCUAAAAUUUUUGUAAUUAAUGAAGUUAAACAUACAUUUAAGGCUCAGAAUAAAGAAUAUAGAUUUGAUUUUGAUUAUCUAUACAGGGCAUUCAUGGAACUUCCCUAGGGUGCUUGUUUUCAGGCAUGGUUGACUGUAAACUAAUUUUUCUUGGUUAAUAGUUAUCAUUCAAUGUGAUAGUAUCGUUCUUUUGACAGUGAAAAUUAUAUUUUGUUAUGUUUCCUACUUUUUCUAGUGGUUUGUAAGAUCUGUCCUUCAUCAGGUCCUUUAGAGGUUAGUUUUGGUUGCUUUAUCUCCCUCUUGUUUCUAUGGUAUGAAAAAGUAAUCUGAGCUUUAUAGAAUGCACUUUGGAAGCCGGAAAGGAUUGUUUGUGGUACAUUGGCAUCAUGCAAUGAAUUUUAAAACAGCUCUCUGAUGUUAUGUAACAUAAUUUUGCGUGUGCAGGGUGGAGGGGAUUUCCAGAUAUCUUUGAAAGAAGAACUUCCAGAGCAAAUUCAAUCUGGAUAUGCCAAUUUUGGAAAGGAGGUGGUAGUUUUAACAAAGUUUAACAAGUUAACCUUGGAAGGGAAAAUUCCAGGUAACUAUCUGUAAUGUUAAGUUACGAAUAUGACAUAAAUUGUUUAUUUGCACGUCACAUUUUUACCUUGACUUCCACUACUCUUUUAUGAUUCAAAUAAAAUGAGUGUCAGUUUGUGAAAGAAGAAAAACAUUCCUUUUCCUUUGUGAAGAAGUUUUUGUAAACUUUCAGAUAAAUUUUGAAUAUCAAAUUCAGAUUUAAAUGAUCUAUGGUUUAUAUGAGUGAUCAACUGAUCCUUGCACAUUUUAUGUAAAUUGUCAUUAAAGGAUCAGUCAAAAGUGGAGCCUGGAAAAUAUCUAUGAGCUUUAUUAUGAAUCACAGUGUACUGGUCAGGAUCAGGUAUUUGUCACAUAUUUGAUGUCAUACAGGGUUAAAGCUGCUGUCACUUAAUUGUAACAGCUGUCUUCUAUCUCUAAAAUUCAGCUGCCCAAGAACCAGGUGUGGUUGAAGUGCGUGUGUUUGCAUACUCGUAUGAAUUUUUGGGUGAAACCAACUUUGAGUAUGAAGACAUGAUAAACAAAUGUGUCUCUAAAGCAAUGAAGCAUGGCUCAGAAGGGGUGUCUAAUCUGUUUGCUAAGAUGGUAGAACAAGUGUACAAUCAGAGCUCAUUCGUGAAUCAGAGCUCAUCCGCCAAGCAAAAUUCAGGUGAAUCUGACUAAAUUAUGUUACACACAUUAUUAACAUAGGCACUUUGAAGGCUAUCAUUUCCAUAGUGAAGAAACAACCUCCUUGUUUUGAUUUGUUUACUGAUCUAAAGCAAUGAAGGAGUCCUACAAACAAUACACAGAUACAAUUAUUUUAGCUCUAAUGGACUAAAUAAGCAGGCAAAGCCUGAGCAAUUUCCUAGUAGCUGGCUACAAUUCUAAAAAACAUUCUUACACGAAAAUUUACGCAAACAAUUUUCCACGAGCAUGUUCAUAUCAACAAGACAACAAAGAUGGCUCCUUUCUGAGCCUAUCAGCAGUACUAAAGUACAGCAGUAAACUCUUUACAUUGCAAGUUGAGUUUAUUACAGCCAUGUUGGCUAAAAUGUGGCUGAUAAUGUAGCUUGGCCCUUAAAUUCAUUUUGGCUUUUCAACAGUCAUCUCUUGUACUUAUAAUUUAAGUGAUUGUUUAAGUUUCGAUUAUUUAGGAUGAGAAUAGUAAAGAGAGGUCAUAUUCAUUGUAGUAGUGUGCCUCAAUGUUCCGUACUCUUGAUAUGAAUUGAUAGGGCAAGCAACAGGUGCUCUGAAUGAUGGUUGUCAAGACAGAUCUUUACCAGGGGCGAAUACUGUCAUGGAAGACGAGUUUGAAGACCUGGCGCAACACUUUCAAGAUAUAGUGAAAUGGUAAAUCCAUUAAAUUGUAUUCAGAGAUCAGUGUUUCAGAGUCAAAAUUAUUUUGGUCUCUAUAGAAAAGCAUAGUUUUUAGUAUUUUGGACCUUUUCUUAUUGAUACACAAGUCAGGGUGUGAAAUUGCGCCUAACACAGGUGCCAAUGCGACUAAAUUUUUCACUUUGGCGACCAAAUCCUGAAAAUUAGUCGCCAAACUGGCGACUAGAAUGCUUCAUCAUAACCUUACCUAGAGAUAUAGUGAAUUAAAAAGAUUUGCAAAGAUAAAUCCACGACAAAUUUCCUCGUUAAGUUUGUUUCCAAAACACAGCACAUGCAUAUCAAUCGAUAACUAGACGCCAUCUUGGAUUUAGGUGAGCUUGAAUGUUGAAUAUCAUCCAUCCUAGUGUCCACUUUGAAGCAUGUUAACCAUCUCUUUCCUAACUUAAUUUUGGAGGGUCUAUCUAGUACGCUGACAGCGUAAAGAAAGGUUUUGUGUGUCUAAAAAAAAAUGUGACCAACUUUUUUUGAAUUGGCUACCAUUUUGAAAAAUUAAGGAGCGAAGUGGCUAUCAGAAAAAAAAAUUAAUUUCAUGCCCUGCAAGUAUGUAACAAAAUUUGAAAGUUCUGCUUUUAAAAAGAAAGCUAGACAUGCAGACAGACAGUGACUGUGAGGAUAAAUAACUUAAACUAACUCUGGAUUUCCCUUAUCAGCACUACAUUCCACUCCAGCAUCAUACAAGCUGCAUGUUUGAUUACAUACAUUGUAUACCUGCUAAUAUUGAGGUAUUUACAGGUUAUCAGAGCAAAGCUUCCACCCAGUUCAUUCUAAUACGGAUAUAUGGUUGAAACUUUCAAAUGCUGUUGAUAAGCUGUGCAGAAAAUUGGGUUAGUUGAAAUGAUUUUAAAUGAACAGGUGAUGCACUUUUUGCAGUCCAAGAACUCUACCUAUUUGUGAUCUUUUGUGGGUACUCCAUGCUUGCUCUUCCUUGGAUUUAACUAUUUCUUAGUUAUAGAUAAUUACGAAGUUGAUUUGAUCUUAAUUUUUCUACAUCUUAUUCCUGUUACCCCCUCAUGAUGAUUUAAAAAAAAAAAUUUGUGUGACUUAAGGGCUCACGAAGCCCACUCAUUGAUGUUAUUUGUUCUUUAUCACAGGUUUUUCCGAUAAUUUUAAGGGCAAUCAACAGACAUGCCCUCAAGAGAGGGAAGAAAACUACUUUGCUGAUACUGAGAAUUCUCCAUAUAUGCUGUCUGAAGAUGACAGCUCUUCACUGUCUGAUCCAGAUAACUGGAGUGAAACUCCCAAUGGUUGGUGAUUUUAGUUUUCAUUUGAUAGAUUCCCCCGUUUCAUAAUUGACUCAGUUGUCCUUAAGGAAAAAAGUUGCUCUUGAGACCCAGAGAAAAAUCACUUACAUGGAAAAGGCAAGUGUUAUGUGUUACUAUGAGGGUUUAUAUUAACACUUUUUUAAAAUGUCAUCUGCAAACUUUUUCACACAAACAUUUACAUUCCAGCUGGGAUGAUUCGAGACAACUUCUUGUUUGAAAGACAUAUGCUGCCUUUGUUAGGAUUGUUGAUUUCCAUAAUUCCAACCUAUUAGUUGAAAUAAGGUGUUCCCUGCUGGUUUUAUUUAAAGGCAGAUCAGGUUUUUUUGUUACCGUAACAAUAUAACUUUGGCAAAAGCACAUGAUGAUGUUUUACAUAAUAAUAAUAGGACGGAGUGGAGUCCAGUUCGGUCUGUAAUCAUACGAGUGAUUAACAAAAUUGGACGACCGUGAAGUGGGAGUCCAAUUUGUUAAUCACGAUCGGUCGUCCGAUUUUGUCAGUCACUUGUAUGAUUACGGACAGAAUUGGACGACACACAAUCCUGUUACCAAUAAAUCAAAAUUUUGACAAAAUUUGAAGAAAAAAAAUUGUCAUCGGUUAUACGUUUUCAGAAAAACAACAACAACAACAAUCAACUCGGCGAAAUGCGAGAAAAAAGCACGCGCACAUGACGCGUUUUGUCCACUUACACAGGCAUGAAGUGUCAACUGUCCCUUUAACUGUCCUAUUACACUGUCCAACUAGAAGAAUGACGUGUACACUGUCCUACAUAGUGCUCUAUUUGGGUGGUGAUGACCAAUGACAUUCGAGAAUUUUGUUAUAGUUUUGAUUAAUCAUGUAAUAAAGCGUUAAAAGUAUUGUAGGAAAACGUACAUAGCAGAGUUUUUCAUUGGGUAAUUAAGUAAGCACAGAAAAUGCACAUGGUAGCGAUUUGCAAUGUGUAAUAAUCAGGUAACAAGGUAAUAGCGCACAUUGCAGUGUUUAACAUCGUGUAUUAAUAGGUAAUGAAGUUGUGUCCUUGAGUUUAUAGCUUGAAACUUCAGUUGAUAUUGACCCUAAAUUGUGAGAGGAAAAUUUGAUCUUUCAUUUAUUAUGUAAAGUGUUGCAGUGUUGCCUGAACUCUUAUUCCUCUCUAAAGAGAGAUAGAGGUAGAAUUAUAGCACCGCAAUAUUGAGUUUGUUUUUGAGCAUUUGUGGAGAAAUGGUAAAGGGAGCGAACACCAUUUCCCUCUAAGAAAGCGAGUAUCCAAGUGUUCUUACUGUUUUCCUUCUGUUCUGUUAGAAUUGCCAUCCAAGUCAGGAGAUGAUGUAAAGGAAACUUGGAAGACAAGCACUGCCCCAGACGAUUGCCCAGAAAAGAGUUUUUCACCUCCUCUGGAAGAUAAAACAGAUCCUAGUCUAAACUCCGAUGGCGUCAGAGCAAGUAGUUUACCAGCAGUGACUUCAAGGUCUUCAUGGGUUCUCUAUUCUGAAGAAAGAACCUUCCAUACUCUGUCAGCAUUACGUGAUGAUACCCCAGUGCCUUGUCGUGAUGUUCCUGCCCUAAAUGUAGAGAAUGGAGAAAGUCAGUACCAGGAUGAUGCACUUUUUAAACCACCUUAUACGAAUGCUAUACCAAAACCUUCAGAAUCAAUUCUUUCUGUAACUUCAAACCAGCAAUCAACAACACAUCCUGGACCAAUUACUCAAGAGGUAGCUCAAUCACCCCUAAGCAACCCUUUGUGGAAUAGAGACAGCAAAUUAAACAUGGCCCCUCCACAGUGUAGUGAUGAGGAAAUACACUCAGGUCAGGGAUGGGAAGAAUCAGGUAAAUAUUCUAAUGCAAAUGAGAGUACAAUUAUUUUUAUCUCUCCUUGCCGAAAGAAUCAUUGAUAUGCAGAUAAAAAUAAUUAUUCAGUGUUGAAAAAUUCCUGUUGUAGGCCCUAAACCGAAUUUUUUCAUAUUUAUUUUAAGAAUUGGUUACACAAAAAUAGCAGAGUGUUAUGGAACUACAGGUUAUGGCUAGGAAUUAUGUGUUCAUAGGCAAUUGUACAUUUAUUUCUAAUUGAUAUCAAUCUGGGGUCAUAUUGGUAGAGAUUUGGUUUUAAAUUCUGUUUUAAGUUAUCAGAAACUUGGUUGAAGAAAUACCGGUAGUGAGAGCUGUGGCAUUAAAUCAAAGAAGUGCAAUAAUUGAGAAAAGUGGUGUAUUUUUUAUUGGCUCACUUUCAAACCUAGUCAAUGCAGCUUCCAUGUCCUCCAAAUACAAUCCCCUCCAUUUAUAAGCCAUCCCCUAACUUCCCAGAAAGUUGGAUCUAAGACUAGGAUUAUUCUAAAGCAGGAAAAUCUUAGGAACCUGUUCCGUUAUUUAAACCAACUCAGUAUCUGCAUAAUGUCAUUAACAAGGAAACUUACGUGAGCCAUGAUAUUUUGCCAGUAAUUAUUGAAGUGGAAGGUCUCACCAGUUGGUUUGAUCUUUAUGAGAAUGAAUAUGCUGGAAAGGAUGAGCAUUCAAGAUGGGAAAUGUCAUCUAUGGAACCAAAUAAGACUGAUGGAGGUGUGGAGAGAGAUGUCUUUGAUUCAGAGGAAGGUUUAAGCCAAGGACAUAGGCUCUUUUCUGAACAAGGGAACUCGCAUAUUCACCUAUCAUUACCAGAUGAUACCUCUGUUCAGAGUCGUCGUCCUGAAGUGGAGAAUGAAGAGAGCCAGGUGUGUUUGUUAUGUAUAGUUUUUUCCCAGAAUUUGGAAGUAAAUCCUUGAGGGUAGAAUCUUGAUUGUUCAUUUGCGGAAGUUUACACAGUGUUUCACAAGGUGAGGUGAUUGCAUGUAUAAAGCAGCUAACGACUGUACACACGUGAUUUUUUAAUCAGUUAUGAAGGAUUUCAAACUGUGAACUUUAAUAUUCGCUAGAGUUCAGUCUUCUUUCAUUAUUGUACUAUUAGCUUCUAAGUGGAAACAUGUUUCCUUUCUUUCGAGAUUUUUUACCUUUGGUUAAUAUAACUUGUAUGGUCAUAAAUCCUUGGUACUAAUUUAUUUGAAACAUUUUAGUUGAUGUUUUUCAUGCAAGAUGGCAAUCUUGAAAACAGUGCCUGAACACGAAUGGCAACAAAGUUCAUCAAAAUGGCAGCCACAUUCACAUUGCAAGUUUUAAUCUUAAUUGUUGAAUAAAAGAAAAGUCGAGCCCAAAACGUAACAUCUUUCUCAAUCUAUUUACACACACACUACGUUGCUGAUCUAAGCAGUUUUUAAUGACACACAUAUGACCUUAGUAGAUACAGGAUAAGUUCACCAAUGCGUUCUCUGUAUUAGAGUGGUAGAGAGUCAGUUGACCAUAAUACCGCAAGGCCUGAGGUUUAUUUUCUCAUGGGGAAAACACAAUUUUAGUUUUUGUCUGACUGCAAUCAGUCCCAACUUUUUGCCGAAGUCCGUCUCACGAGUUAAAAAAAAAUCUGAACUGUGAAUGAACACUUAGAUUUAGCAUUGCAAAAACUAAUUUAAGUUCAGUUUUUAUUUUUCAGCUCUAAUUACUAUCACCUUUAUAAUUUGGGAAUGGAAGUAUCGUCAACUCUAAAAAUAAUUUUAUCGCUUAAAAGUAAUAUGUUUGUUUUUAUCCGAAUCGAGUAUUACUUUGAUUAUUUAGUUUUUAUGUAAAUAUUUUAAGCGCCAAAUAGUGUACUUCAAUUGGACGGGAAAUAAAGAACUCGCGGCCUAAUUGGACCAGAUGGAUAAAAAGAAAGGCAAACCUGGUCAGAAAAUAUUUGGAGACCAUAGCUUUAUUCAGAGAAGGGCUAAAUUUGUUGAGAAGUGCACAACUUGUGAAUUCCUUGAUAUUUAGAUGCGUGCAACAAAUUUACCACGAUUAAAUCGCUGUUUACUGAACCUGACAGCCAAAUAAUUGCGUGGUGAUGUGUUAAGAAAUUUGUUGAAAGAGAAGGUUUUUUUAACAAAUUCUUCUAUUCAACAAUACUUUCAGGAAGAGAACACUUAUAUUUCGAAUGAUAUUUACCGUUGAAAAUUGCUCCCAGUUCAGGUUUCAUUUUCCAGCCAUUAUUCUUAUCACGUUUAAUAAUCAAACUAUCGUUGAUUCCAAAACUAAUUUUGUCGCUCGAAAAGUUAGAUGCGUAUUAUUCCCGAAACGAGUAUUAUACAAGUUAUAUAGUUUUCCUUUAAAUUUAAAACCUCUAACAACGUCUCUCGAACGGACCGGAACUGAAAACUGUCUUAAAAGGUUUCAAACUCUUGGUUAAGCAGGAAGGGACCGACGCCAUGUCGUGAAGUCAUUGUGUUGUUCCAUUCUUAGUGCCCCUUCUAACCAAUAAAUUGAAUUAUUAUCAUAUGAUUAACUGUUGUACAAGGUAAUACUACUUCGGACCUUAUGCUUAAAACACAUUCGAAGAGUAUAGUCGUCCGAAAAGCAGACUCAACCAUUUAUUACAGAACGAAUUUAAGAGAUCCUCGCAGCUAAGAACACUACUGAACUAGUAGUUGAAAAUAGGACCUGAAAAAAAUUCAGGUAAGUACGGGGUUUGAACCCAUGACCUCUGCGAUACCGAUGCAGCGUAGAGUUGGUAGAGCGCUGCACCGGUAUUUAAUACAGUUCUUCUCAUUGUUUUUCUUUUCUAUAUUUUGAAGGACACUUCACUUUUUACGGCUGCAAGAAAUGGUCAGACUGAUAUUGUAAGGUUGUUCAUAGAGAACGGAGCUGAUUUCAACAAAGGAGGAUGGGUACGUUAGAAGAAUGAAUUGUACAUGCUAUAAAGAGUAAAGUCAGGGUCUGAGAGUAAGAGUUUAAAUGUCAUUUAAAUUUGUAUCAGAAUGUAGUCGUCUUAAAAACAGAUUCAACCAUAUAUUCUUAAGGUGGUCAUCAAAGAAGAGAAAAUGCAGUUUAUAUAUUACUAUACUUUCUCAUUGUUUUUCUUUCUAUGUUUUGAAGAACACUCCGCUCUCUGAGGCUGCAAGAAAUGGUCACACUGAUAUUGUAAGGUUGCUCAUAGAGAACGGAGCUGAUGUGAACGAAGGAGAACGGGUACGUUAGAAGGAGAAAUUGUAUAUGUUAUAAAGAGUAAAGCCAGAGUCUGAGAGUAAGAGUUUAAAUUUCAUUUAAAUUUGUAUCAGAAUGAAGUCGUCUUAAAAGCAGAUUCAGCCAUAUCUCCUUAAGGUGGUCAUUAAACAAGAGAAAAUGCGGUUUAUAUAUUACUAUACUUUCUCAUUGUUUUUAUUUUCUUUAUUUUGAAGGACACUCCACUGUGUGAAGCUGCAGAAAAUGGUCACACUGAUAUUGUAAGGUUGCUCAUAGAGAACGGAGCUGAUGUCAACAAAGAAGGACGGGUACGUUAGAAGGAGAAAUUGUAUAUGUUAUAAAGAGUAAAGUCAGAGUCUGAGAGUAAGAGUUGAAAUUUCAUCUAAAUUUGUAUCAGAAUGUAGUCGUCUUAAAAGCAGAUUCAACCAUAUAUCCUUGAGGUGGUCAUUAAACAAGAGAAAAUGCGGUUUAUAUAUUACUAUACUUUCUUAUUGUUUUUCUUUUCUAUAUUUUAAGGACACUCCACUGUGUGAGGCUGCAAGAAAUGGUCCCACUGAUAUUGUAAGGUUGCUCAUAGAGAAUGGAGCUGAUGUCAACAAAGGAGGAUGGGUACGUUAGAAGGAGAAAUUGUAUAUGUUAUAAAGAGUAAAGUCAGAGUCUGAGCGUAAGAGUUUAAAUUUCAUUUAAAUUUGUAUCAGAAUGUAGUCGUCUUAAAAGCAGAUUCAACCAUAUAUCCUCAGGGUAAAUUGUAUAUGUUAUAAAGAGUAAACAACGGAUGGGUACGUUAAAGGGAUAAGUUGUAUAUGUUAUAAAGAGUAAAGUCAGAGUCUGAGAGUACGGGUUUAAAUUUCAUUUAAAAUUGUAUCAGAAUGUAGUCGUGUUUAAAGCAGAUUCAACCAUAUAUCCUUAGGGUGGCCAUUAAAGAAGAGGAAAUGCUGUUUAUAUAUUACUAUACUUUCUCAUUGUUUCUCUUUUUUAUGUUUUGAAGGGAAUUCCACUCUCUGGGGCUGCAAAAAAUGGUCACACUGAUAUUGUAAGGUUGCUCAUAGAGAACGGAGCUGAUGUCAACAAAGGAUGGGUACGUUAGAAGGAUAAACUUUAUAUGUGUUAUAAAGAGUAAAGUCAGAGUCUGAGACUAAGAGUUUAAAUUUCAUUUAAAUUUCUAGCGGAAUGUAGUCGUCUUUAAAGCAGAAAAGUAAAGUCAGAGUCUGAGGGUGCGAGUUUAAAUUUUAUUUAAGAGAGGAUGUCAGCAUGCAUUGAACAAAAAUUUGAAAUAUUGUGGCAAGUCGCCCAAAAUUCGUUUUCUCUCUUACUUUCAUGUUUUGUAGCCCAAUAUGUCCUGAUAUUUGUGGUGUAGUUUUUUGUAAAAACAUAUUUUAGUUUUCGAGAAAUGAUAUUUCCCGUUCGACCGCUCAAGUAUGCAAAUUUCACCCUGAAUAUUACCCGAGUUAUGUGACCUCGUGUAACGAAUUUUCUUGAUCUCCGGUAUUUCUGUCGGCAUAACCUUCGGUUUAUCAUCUAAACUUAAUCCCCUGUCAUUGCUGUAGCUGGCAAAGAAAUAUUUAUUUUUUGGUGAAUAUUUUUAUCCGAAAUACUUUUUUUAUGUCGAAAAGAAGCAUCAAAACAAAGACAGUUUUAACAAUGACCGAUAUGACAGAAUGUACUGAGCUUCUAGCUUUUAAAAGACAAAAGGAUGGUUGUAAAGUUACUAUAAAAAUUUCCUUGUGUAUUUGUGUUGUUCUAUCGUGAGACGAACUCAAAGUCCGGCAAAAUUUACUUGAUAGCGACUAUGAAAUAUACAUGGUGUGACUACUUGUCGCCACCGUAUAUUGGCAUAUCGAGGCAUAAAUCACUACAAUUUGUAAAAAAAUCUAACAUAACAGUCUUACCUUGUUUAUUUACGAUUUUAUAAGACCAAUAAGCUGUUUCGGUUAUUAUAUUACACUUGGGUAUUAGUUUUUGCCGUGAGCCCAGGUUUUACGUUGUGUUUUCCCCUAUCCAUUUCUAUCAGAAGCUAGUUGCGCAAUAAUUGAUACCAACGCAAAUGAAUAUUUACCCUUUAUGAAGAGUUUUUUAUUUUUUUUUGACGGGACGCGUAAUUUUGCACAAGGUGGUAAAUAGCCAGGUUAUAUGAAUUUUCCAGGCGUCUUGCGUACUAUCUGUGGUACACGCUUGCCAAUUCCCCAGUAGGCUAUUGGAAUUGAUCUAACCCUACCUUUACCAUGGCCGUACACUUCUUUAGGCACUCUACAUCUACUAAUGGAAUCACGAAUCCACCCAACACCGGUGCCGAGAUUUGAUCUAUGAGUGGGGCAAAUUGUAAAAUCAUCGAUAUCUUUUGGCGUCUCGAAGAUGCCGGCUCGCGACAAAAUAAGAUCAACUUCAGUUUCUGGAUCUCCGCAAGUAACUUGAAAUGUCUUUUUUACAACCACGCAAGGGAACGACCUGAGAUAUGCAACGUCGGUCUUCUCGAUAACUAUACCCAAAAGUCCCAUCAGAGAACGAUUUAAAUGAACAGCAAAUCUCCUUGUUAGCAUGUAAGAUGAGACGCUUAUACAACAGAUCAAUUAGCUGAAUCAGUAUGUAGCUUGUCAAUCGAAUUGACUUUUAUAAACAUUCUUUGACUUCCGCCGGCAAACAAAUCGUUAGCCGUGGUUACACACACCUUGGGUUUGGGGCCUUACGGAGGGUAAAUGGCUUGGGUUUGGUUAAGCUCAGGUUUCAUGUUACCCUUGGGGAUGCGGUUACACAGUAAAAGACUCCCCUCAGGGUCAAAUAUAAUUAGAUAUGAGUUCACUGACCUGACAAAUUGGCAGGAAAAGUACAGAGCAACAUGGAUGUUACGAAUCGAGAUCUAUUAAGCUAAACUACAGCGAUUCUCCUUUUAUACGACAGUCCUCUAUAAAUAUAACAGUCCAGCAGUUUUUUGCGAGAAGACACCGAAGAAGGCGCGAAAUUAGCCAAGCGCAUCGGAGGUCACCUCAAAACACUGCAGGCGAUUUCCUGUAUUAGCUACAUUCUGCUUUAUGAUUGGUCAAGCCACCUCAGGGAGCAGAUAAACCGACCUUUUCAGUUCAGGAACUGUCAUGGGAAGUUCUUUUGUUCUUUUUGAUGUAUCUAUGGAAAUAACCUUAGAGCAGUUUCGGUCAGGGGAAAGCGGUUACACACAAAAACGUCCUUGCCCGUGGGCAAACGCUAUUUAUCAUGGGUAAAAGGGCCAGUGUAACCACGACUAUUGAUGUAUCUGGACAUUUUAGUUUUCUGAAUACAGUAAUUCUUGGAAGGUUUUUAUAGAUAUGCAAAGAGGGAAAAGAAAAACCUAUCACUCGGUAAUUUGGAGGUUGAUUCAUCUUUGAAUUUAUGUGUCACGCUUCUAACGCAACUAAUAUAAUAAUGUGGAGAAGAUUUAUGAAGUGCAAAUUAAAUCUGGCUAAAAUGUGGUAGAGCAUAACUUGAUCAUCGAAACAGCUAAUAAAAUCAUAAAUAAACAAGGUAAGAGUGUCACGUUAGAUUUCUCAACAAAUUGUAGUGAUUUAUGCCAGUAAACGGUGGCGACAAGUAGGCACACCAUGUAUAUUUCAUAGUCGCUAGUAUAUUUUGCCGGACUUUGAGUUCGUCUCACGAUAGAACAACACAAAUACACAAGGAAACUUUUACAGCAACUUUACAACAAUCCUUUUGUCUUUUAAAAGCUAGAAGCUCAGUACAUUCUGUCAUAUCGGUCAUUGUUAAAACUGUCUUUGUUUCGAUGCUACUUUUCGACAUAGAAAUUGUAUGUCGGACAGAAAUAUUCAUCAAAAAAGAAAUAUUUCUUUGCCAGCUUCAAUAAUGACCGGGGAUUAAGUUUAGAUGAUAAAACAAAGGAUUAUGCAGACAGAAAUACCGGCCAAGUAAAUAUGUUACAUGAGGUCACACAACUCGUGUGAUUCAGGGUGAAAAUUUGUAUAUUUGAGCGGUCGAACGAAAGAAAAUUAUUUCUCAAAAACUAAAAUAUAUUUUCACAAAAUAACUACACCACAGUUAUUAGGACAUAUUGGGCUACAAAAUAUGAAAAUAGGAGAGAAAACGAAUUUGGGCGACUUGCCGCUGUUUGUCUGAUGCAUGUUGACAUUAGCUCUUAAAUUUGUAUCAGAAUGUAGUCUUCUUAAAAGCAAAUUCAACCAUAUAUCCUUAGGGUGGUCAUUAAAGAAGAGAAAGUGCGUUUUUAUAUAUUACUAUACUUUCUCAUUGUUUAUCUUUUCUAGUUUCGUGAGGGCACUCCGCUCUCUGAGGCUGCAAGAAAUGGUCACAGUGAUAUUGUAAAGUUCCUCAUAGAGAACGGAGUUGAUGUCAACAAAGGAGGACAGGUACGUUAGAAGGAGAAAUUGUAUAUGUUAUGAAGAGUAAAGUCAGAGUCUGAGAGUAAGAGUUUAAAUUUCAUUUAAAUUUGUAUAUGAAUGUGGUGGUCUUACUAGCAGAUUCAACCAUAUAUCCUAAGGGUGGUCAUUAAAGAAGAGAAAAUGCGGUUUAUAUAUUACUAUACUUUCUCAUUGUUUUUUCUUUUCUAGUUUCGGGAGGGCACUCCGCUCUCUGAGGCUGCAAGAAAUGGUCACAGUGAUAUUGUAAAGUUGCUCAUCGAGAACAGAGCCGAUGUCAACAAAAGAGGAUCGGUACGUUAAAGGGAUAAGUUGUACAUCUUAUGAAGAGUAAAGUCAAAGUUUGAGAGUACGAGUUUAAUUUUCAUUUAAAUUAGUAUCAGAAUGUAGUCGUCUUAAAAGCAGAUUCAACUAUAUAUCCUUAGGGUGGUUUUUAAAGAAGAGGAAACGCGGUUUAUAUAUUACUAUACUUUCUAAUUGUUUCUCUUUUCUAGUUUUGUAAGGGCACUCCGCUCUCUGAGGCUGCAAGAAAUGGUCACACUGAUAUUGUAAGGUUGCUCAUAGAGAACAGAGUUGAUGUCAACAAAGAAGGACAGGUAUGUUAGAAGGAGAAAUUGUAUAUGUUAUAAAGAGUAAAGUCAGAGUCUGAGAGUAAGAGUUUAAAUUUCAUUUAAAGUUGUAUCAGAAUGUAGUCGUCUUUGAAGCAGAUUCAAGCAUAUAUCCUUAGGGUGAUCAUUAAAGAAAACAAAAUGCGGUUUAUAUAUUACUAUACUUUCUCAUUGUUUCUCUUUUCUAUAUUUUGAAGAACACUCCACUCUCUGAGGCUGCAAGAAAUGGUCACACUGAUAUUGUAAGGUUGCUCAUAGAGAACGGAGCUGAUGUAAACAGAGAAGGACAGGUAUGUUAGAAGGAUAAAUUGUAUAUGUUAUAAAGAGUAAAGUCAGAGUCUGAGAGUAAGAGUUUAGAUUUCAUUUAAAUUUGUAUCAGAAUGUAGUCGUCUUUAAAACAGAUUCAACCAUAUAUCCUUCGGGUGGUCAUUAAAGAAAACAAAAUGCGGUUUAUAUAUUACUAUACUUUCUCAUUGUUUUUCUUUUUUUUAUAUUUUGAAGAACACUCCACUCACUGAGGCUGCAAGAAAUGGUCACACUGAUAUUGUAAGGUUGCUCAUAGAGAACGGAGCUGAUGUCAACAAAGGACUGGUACGUUAGAGGAAUGAAUUGUAUAUGUUAUAAAGAGUAAAGUCAGAGUCUGAGGGUAAGAGUUUAAAUUUCAUUUAAAUGUGUAUCAGAAUGUAGUCGUCUUAAAAGCAGAUUCAAGCAUAUGUCCUUAGGGUGGUCAUUAAAGAAGAGGAAAUGCGGUUUAUAUAUUACUAUACUUUCUUAUUGUUUUUCUUUUCUAUAUUUUGAAGAACACUCCACUCACUGAGGCUGCAAGAAAUGGUCACACUGAUAUUGUAAGGUUGCUCUUAAAUUUGUAUCAGAAUGUAGUCGUCUUAAAAGCAAAUUCAACCAUAUAUCCUUAGGGUGGUCAUUAAAGAAGAGAAAAUGCGGUUUAUAUAUUACUAUACUUUCUCAUUGUUUUUCUUUUCUAGUUUCGUGAGGGCACUCCACUCUCUGAGGCUGCAAGAAAUGGUCACACUGAUAUUGUUAAGUUGCUCAUAGAGAAUGGAGUUGAUGUCAACAAAGAAGGACAGGUACGUUAGAAGGAGAAAUUGUAUAUGUUAUAAAGAGUAAAGUCAGAGUCUGAGAGUAAGAGUUUAAAUUUCAUUUAAAUUUGUAUAGGAAUGUGGUGGUCUUAAUAGCAGAUUCAACCAUAUAUCCUUAGGGUGGUCAUUAAAGAGGAGAAAAUGCGGUUUAUAUAUUACUAUACUUUCUCAUUGUUUUUCUUUUGUAGUUUCGUGAGGGCACUCCACUCUCUGAGGCUGCAAGAAAUGGUCACACUGAUAUUGUAAAGUUGCUCAUAGAGAACGGAGUUGAUGUCAACAAAGGAUGGGUACGUUAGAAGGAUAAAUUGUAUAUGUUAUAAAGAGUAAAGUCAGAGUCUGAAAGUAAGAGUUUAAAUUUCAUUUAAAUUUGUAUCAGAAUGUGGUCGUCUUAAAAGCAGAUUCAAGCAUAUCUCCUAAGGGUGGUCAUUAAAGAAGAGAAAAUGCGGUUUAUAUAUUAUUAUAAUAAAUUUCGGAUAUAACGCGCGCUGUCAUUGGCUGAAAGAGCGUGCUCUAUGAGAGUAUAGAGCAUAGAGCUGAGCUAAAGCUGUCACGCCAUCUGCCAAAUUGUACUAUGUUCGACCUUUUCCGGGACUUCUUUUUAGCUUUUUUCCGAUAAUGGAAAGUGAAAUUUCGGAACAAGCGAGCCGGCAAGUAGCAACAGAAGAACCAAACAAACGUUUGUAAACAUACCAGGCACCGUGAUUUACGUUAUUAAAACGUGAGCAGAUACGAAAAUCCUCAAAGGAAAAAUAGACAUUCCGAGUUUUAAAGAUUUUCACGCUCAGUUAGAUUGCAAGCUUACGUACGGUAAUAAAAAAGUUCAGUGUUCAAAAACAAAACAGAACAAAACAGAAAUGAUGAAAAAUAUAACCAAUCUGGCAUAACUGUUAAAAUUCAUACUAAUCAUGACAGUGUCUGAGCGAAUAUGAUCAUGCUGAAGUCCAUCGCGGCUCGCUCAUCAUGGCGAUCUCUGGUCAUCAAGGUAAAGCAAGCCUCAGAAACUACAUCGGCCGCCCUUCGAGUGAAAAAAUAAGAGCUUGCUCUGAUAUCCUUUCCGAUGCAUUGAGUGGAAAGUCACAUCAGUCACUGCAGCCGAAUUUUUCGGCGCUGUCAGCCCGAGCGAUCUUCAUGUUCCGGUGAAUUCGUCUGUCGUUCAUUCAAAAACACUCGCCUUGAACAGUUUGUUUUCUACCUUGUCAUGUGAAAAAACUCGCGUGUUUUUAUGAGCCAUUAUUCGGCUGAAUUUCACUGCACAUUUCACUUCAAGAUUCUGUAUUAGAGACUUAAAAACUUCAGGCAAAAGUGUUAAAUUCGACCUGCCGAACUAUUUCAGUUUGUAAACUAUCGCAGAAUGUGAACUUUGAUGGUUUGACACUUUUGACAGCUUUAGUCUUGUACAGCCAAUCAGAUUAUUUGAACCAUUCUAACAGAGAUUCUGAUUGGCUUAUUGUAGUGUGCUUUAUGAGAGUAUAGAGCAUGCUGACGACACUGUUGUUCGCUUUGGAAAUAAAGUUUGUUUUGAAAAUUGAAAGUUAUGCUUGGAGAAUUUAAUGGAUUCUUUAUUAUAAAACAAAUAGAGAAGCCUUGACUGUGCUCUGUUCUAUUAUAAAGCACUUAGGAAGCGGCUAGAGCACUCAAGAAGUGGGGAGAAACACGAGACGUAGUGGAGUGUUUCUCCCUACACUUCUUUCGUGCUCAAGCCGCUUCCUAAGUGCUUUAUAAUAGAACAGAGCACAGUCAAGGCUUCUCUAUUUGUUAACUAUACUCUCUCAUUGUUUUUCUUUUCUAUAUUUUGAAGAACACUCCACUCACUGGGGCUGCAAGAAAUGGUCACACUGAUAUUGUUAGGUUGCUCAUAGAGAACGGAGGUGAUGUCAACAAAGGAGAACAGGUACGUUACAGGAUAAAUUGUAUAUGUUAUAAAGAGUAAAGUCAGAGUCUGAGAGUAAGAGUUUACAUUUCAUUUAAAUUUGUAUCAGAAUGUAGUUGUCUUAAAAGCAGACUCAAGCAUAUAACCUUAGGUUGGUCAUUAAAGAAGAGAAAAUGCGGUUUACUUAUUACUAUACUUUCUCAUUGGUUUUUCUUUUCUAUAUUUUGAAGGACACUCCACUCUCUGAGGCUGCAAGAAAUGGUCACACUGAUAUUGUAAGGUUGCUCAUAGAGAACGGAGCUGAUGUCAGCAAAGGAUGGGUACGUUAGAACGAUAAAUUGUAUAUGUUAUAAAGAGUAAGGUCAGAGUCUGAGAGUAAGAGUUUAAAUUUCAUUUAAAGUUGUAUCAGAAUGUAGUCGUCUUACAAGCAGAUUCAACAAUAUAUCCUUAGGGUGCUCAUUAAAGAAGAGAAAAUGUGGUUUAUAUAUUACUAUACUUUCUCAUUGUUUCUCUUUUCUAUAUUUUGAAGGACACUCCACUCUUUGAGGCUGCAAGAAAUGGUCACAGUGAUAUUGUAAGGUUGCUCAUAGAGAACGGAGCUGAGGUCAACAAAAGAGGAUUGGUACGUUAGAAGGAGAAAUUGUAUAUGUUAUAAAGAGUAAAGUCAUCAACAAAGGAUGGGUAAGUCAGAGUGUCAGAGUACGAGUUUAAAUUUCAUUUAAAUUUGUAUCAGAAUAUAGUCGUUUUAAAAGCAGAUUCAAGCAUAUAUCCUUAGGGUGGUCAUUAAAGAAGAGGAAAUGCGGUUUAUAUAUUACUAUACUUUCUCAUUGUUUUUCUUUUCUAGUUUCGUGAGGGCACUCCGCUCUCUGAGGCUGCAACAAACGGUAACACUGAUAUUGUAAAGUUGCUCAUAGAGAACGGAGCUGAUGUGAACGAAGGAGAACGGGUACGUUAGAAGGAUAAAUUGUAUAUGCUAUAACGAGUGAAGUCAGAGUCUGAAAGUAAGAGUUUAAAUUUCGUUUUUAAAGCAGGUUCAAUCAUUUAUCCUUAGGGUGGUCAUUAAAGAAGAGAAAAUGCGGUUUAUGUAUUAUUAUACUUUCUCAUUGUUUUUCUUUUCUAUAUUUUGAAGAACACUCCACUCUCUGAGGCUGCAAGAAAUGGUCACACUGAUAUUGUAAUGCUGCUCAUAGAAAACGGAGCUGAUGUCAACAAAGGAGGAUUGGUACGUUAGAAGGAUAAAUUGUAUAUGUUAUAAAGAGUAAAGUCAGAGUCUGAGAGUAAGACUUUAAAUUUCAUUUAAAUUUGUUUCAGAAUGUGGUCGUCUUACAAGCAGAUUCAACCAUAUAUCCUUAGGGUGGUCAUUAAAGAAGAGAAAAUGCAGCUUAUAUAUUACUUUACUCUCUCAUUGUUUUUCUUUUCAAUGUUUUAAAGAACACUCCACUCACCGAGGCUGCAAGAAAUGGUCACACUGAUAUUGUAAGGUUGCUCAUAGAGAACGGAGCUGAUGUCAGCAAAGGAUCGGUACGUUAGAAGGAUAAAUUGUAUAUGUUAUAAAGAGUAAAGUCAGAGUCUGAGAGUAAGAGUUUAAAUUUUAUUUAAAUUUGUAUAUCAAUGUGUUCGUCUGAAUAGCAGAUUCAACCAUAUAUCCUUAGGGUGAUCAAUAAAAAAGAGAAAAUGCGGUUUAUAUAUUACUAUACUUUCUCAUUGUUUUUCUUUUCUAGUUUCGUCAGGGCACUGCGCUCUCUGAGGCUGCAAGAAAUGGUCACACUGAUAUCGUAAAAUUGCUCAUAGAGAACAAAGUUGAUGUCAGCAAAGGAUGGGUACGGUAGAAGUCAUCUUAAAAGCAGAUUCAACCAUAUAUCCUUAGGGUGGUCUUUAAAGAAAUGAAAAUACGGUUUAUAUAUUACUAUACUUUCUCAUUGUUUCUCUUUUCUAUAUUUUAAAGAACAAUCCACUGUGUGAGGCUGCAAGAAAUGGUCACAGUGAUAUUGUAAGGUUGCUCAUAGAGAACGGAGCUGAGGUCAACAAAAGAGGAUUGGUACGUUAGAAGGAGAAAUUGUAUAUGUUAUAAAGAGUAAAGUCAUCAACAAAGGAUGGGUACGUUAAAGGGAUGAGUUGUAUAUGUUAUGAAAAGUAAAAUCAGAGUCUGAGAGCACGAGUUUAAAUAUCAUUUAAAUUUGUAUCAGAAUAUAGUCGUCUUAAAAGCAGAUUCAACCAUAUAUCCUUAGGGUGUUAUUAAAGAAGAGAAAAUGCGGUUUAUAUAUUGCUAUACUUUCUCAUUGUUUUUCUUUUCUAGUUUUGUGAGGGCACUCCGCUCUCUGAGGCUGCAACAAAUGGUGACACUGAUAUUGUAAAGUUGCUCAUAGAGAAUGGAGCUGAUGUGAACGAAGGAGAACGGGUACGUUAGAAGGAUAAAUUGUAUAUGUUAUAAAGAGUAAAGUCAGAGUCUGAGAGUAAGAGUUUAAAUUUCAUUUAAAUUUGUAUCUGAAUGUAGUUGUCUUAAAUGCAGAUUCAAGCAUAUAUCCUUAGGGUGGUCAUUAAAGAAGAGAAAAUGCAGUUUAUAUAUAACUUUACUCUCUCAUUGUUUUCCUUUUCAAUGUUUUGAAGAGCACUCCAAUGCUUGAGGCUGCAAGAAAUGGUCACACUGAUAUUGUAAGGUUGCUUAUAGAGAACGGAGCUGAUGUCAACAAAGUGGGACAGGUACGUUAAAAGGAUAAAUUGUAUAUGUUAUAAAGAGUAAAGUCAGAGUCUGAGAGUAAGAGUUUACAUUUAAGUUAAAUUUGUAUAUCAAUGUGGUCGUCUGAAUAGCAGAUUCAACCAUAUAUCCUUAGGGUGGUCAUUAAAGAAGAGAAAAUGCGGUUUAUAUCUUACUAUACUUUCUCAUUGUUUUUCUUUCCUAGUUUCGUGAGGGCACUCCGCUCUCUAAGGCUGCAAGAAAUGGUCACACUGAUAUUGUAAAGUUGCUCAUAGAGAACGGAGUUGAUGUCAACAAAGGAUGGGUACGUUAG